AUGGAGACCACAGGUGACGAGACAAAGCCUUCUGAAGAGCAAACUUCUCAUCUCCCGCAAAGAGUAAGGAAGUCUUCAGGCGCUUACCCCUCGACUGCUCUUUCUGAUGUCAAGAGUAGAGCCAGGCCAAAGACAAGUACAAAUCGUGAGGAAGCAAAACAGUAUGAUAGGGAAGGCCAGGAAGGAGAGGAUUUUGAUCCCUCCUGAGAGAUCUUUUUCACUUCAGAGAUUCAGAUAAAUGUGACUAAAGAAGAGAAGAGGAUCAAUGAAUUUAAGAUCCUUGAGACUAUCGGAAAGGGUGCAUACAGCAAGGUCAAGCAUGUCCUCAGAGAAUUCAAAGAAGGAGAUGAGAUUUUCGAGGAAGACUACGCAAUGAAAAUGAUGCACAAGCCGACCCUCAUUAGAGAGAGAUGAGCGAUUUAUGGGCACGAUGGAGAAUUCGAGAUGUCCAAUUUCCUUGAGAAAGUUUACUGAGAAAUUGAAAUCCAUUCCUUACUUCCCUCACACUCCAACAUUGUCAGACUUUAUGAGAUGAUCGAGGCUGAAGGGCAUGACUAUCUGUACCUUAUUCUUGAAUUCUGUGAUCUUGGUCAGAUAUCCAAGUGGGAUUUCAAAGUAGAGACUUAUUACAGGAAUGAGAAAAUCGUCACAUUUAUCACAGAACAACAUCUCAAAGGAAAGGAAUUUGAGAGUGAAGACCAAAAGAUCGAAGAGGUUGCCAAAGUCAUCUUCAGAGAUGUUCUCAAAGGACUUGAGUACCUCCACGCCAGCUGCGUUGCCCAUAGAGAUAUUAAACCCGACAAUAUCAUUAUAAAUAGCAAGGAUGGCAAGGCUAAAAUUAGUGAUUUCAGUGUUAGCACUCAUUGACCAGAUCAUGAAGCAAGGGGAUAUAACUGAGAAGGAACUGUUGCUUUCACAGCUCCAGAGACUCAUGUUCCAGAUGAGAACGGCUUCCUGAUCCUUCCUACAGACAUUUGGUCUGUUGGUGUAACUCUCUACACUUUCUUGUCUCAAAUAGUUCCAUUCUACGCUCAGAGUGAGCUUGAGAUCCAACUUAAUGCUCAAAAGAACGAUGUUCCAAAAUUAGAGAACUACAGUGAUGAACUUAACGACAUUAUCCAAAUGAUGUUGACUAAGGAUCCAACUGAAAGACCUACAGCAAGCGAUCUGGUGGAUCACCCGUGGCUGAGUGAGGAAGUUACUGAAUAAGCCUAGCUAGAAAUAC